CUGCUGUUAGCUCCGUCUCGCUCACUACUGCAUGCUCCAUAAGAAAGUCACUGUCCAGGCACGCUGUGCAGGAAAGGAUCCCAGCAUGGCAUUGCUCAAGAAAAGGAAACUUGACAAAACUGAGCAGGACUGUGAGUAUUUCCAGUGUUACUCAGAUGUCACCAUACACGAAGAAAUGCUCUCAGAUACCGUACGAACGAACACAUACAAGACAGCCAUUUUUCGCAACCAAGAUGCUCUCUGUGGUAAAACCGUGCUGGAUGUAGGUGCUGGCACAGGCAUCCUCAGUGUAUUCUGCGCACAGGCCGGGGCGGCUAAAGUCUAUGCCGUGGAAGCCAGCACCGUGUCCCAACUGGCGUGCGAUGUUAUAAAACACAACGGAAUGGAGGGCAAGAUCGAAGUGAUCUCUAGCACGGUGGAAAACGCUGAGAUACCAGGUCAAGUCGAUGUCAUUGUCAGCGAAUGGAUGGGGUACGGCCUUAUGCAUGAAUCGAUGCUAAGCUCUGUGUUAUAUGCUCGUGACAAAUGGCUUAAACCUGGCGGACUGAUAUUCCCAUGCCACGCGGAUCUCUUCCUCGUUCCUAUUAACGACAAUGCCGUGGAGGAGAGGCUGGACUUCUGGGGUGGAAUGAAGGACGUGUAUGGAGUGGACAUGUCCUGCGUGGAAACGUUUGCACGGAAGUGCAUCAUGGGUAAAGACAUGGUGGUGUGCCCAAUAUACCCAGAAAAUAUGCUCUCCCACCCAGUGAAGUUUGCCAUGUUGAACCUUGACACCAUCACGCUGGAAGACAUCGCCAACAUCACAGGUUCCUUCAGAUUCUGCUGCUAUGGUUCCUCUUUGAUGCAUGGAUUCGCCAUCUGGUUUUCUGUCAGUUUCCCAGGAGAGAAAGGAGUUACGUUAUCUACAUCUCCGUAUGGUCAAGAGACGCACUGGAAGCAAACUUUGCUGUACCUGGAGGAAGAGGUACAUGUAGAGCAGGAUACAGAGAUUUCUGGGGACAUCUGUAUGUCAUCUUCUGAAAUCAACCCAAGACAUUUAUGUGUAUCCAUCACCUACUCUAUAGGUGGAGGUGCUCGAAGGACAAGGAACUUCCAGAUGGGGAAUUGA